CAUUUAGAACCGAAGGAUUUUGUCUAUGUUUCAGGUCAUUUAGGGUCUUUCAAAAAGGAUCUCAAAACAUAUUACGAGGUCAUCGUAAACGAAUUGAAUUAUAUUGACCAAGGUUUCCUAGGCCAAAAAAGCCACAAAGUUGAGGGGUCCCAAGCAGGAGCAGGUGGCUUUGAAGUGGAUGAAAAUCGCCUCUACUUGUGGCAGGUGUUUUUCACCAAUCCAUAUGAAUGGUGGGAUUGCAGGAAACAUAAGGUAAAUCCACGGCAGCCAGAUUUCAAGAACAGGCAUACUGGUGAGGCUCUCUGGUUGAGUCCGAAUGAUCCUCCUUGGAUUAAAAGACAACUGCAGUUGCUUGAUACACGGAUGGCAACACAAAGCCAAGGAGAUUAUGUAGGUUCCCGUUCUCGUUCCCGUGUCUCUAUGUGGGUGUAUGAUGGCUAGGGAUGAGUCUGCAGGCUUGAAAGAACUAUUUGCUGUUGCAUGCCGGUUAUUCUAUUUAGGGUUUUACGAUCUUUCGCAGAUUAUUCUUGCGAAACUGCAAUCCCAAACGCACCCUUAAUCUUAGAGGUUGAAGCAUAUCAAGCACCGAAGAUUACUCUGUGUCCAGUUCUUUGUACAGCAGGUUUCAGAACAAAAAUGAAUACAAGGUUUUCUCUCUUGGCUUUGUUUUUCCUUGUACAGGCUAGCCACUUCAGGGGACGCUUCAUUUUAGCAAAACUGCAAUGUCUUGAGCACAUUAUGCAUCUAUACAAAGUUGUUGCUUUCUUUAAUGUAAGUUUCGAUAAGCAAACGGUCCUCUGAAACUCUCUGUUUAGAUUGAACAAGAGUUUCUGAAACUUUCUGAUAAUGAGGAUUGCUCUACAAAGGAUGUUGGUAGACUUUCUUAGAUAUUUCAAGUUGUAAAAUAUAAGUACUCUCUCAAACUGACACUCAAUUUACAAUGUGUCAUAUUCCCAAACUAAAAGUUGCAUCAAUUUCUCUCCAAACUACCAAAAUAAAACUUUGCAUGUUUAUUAUUUGUUUUA